CAAUGUCAACUAUCCGAGAACGCUUUUUUAAUGUGAACAAAACAUUUAACCUUUCUAUUGAGGACUUCAACAAGCAGUGGGCACUUGUUAAUAACUUUUGGACAAGGCUCAAUGGUUAUACAUUAGAUAAUGGUGAUGAGCGCAAAACUUUCGUUUGUAGACUUUCAAAACCUAAGGAAUCAAGCGGAAGAAAAGAAAACCUCCCCCCUGAAAAGCUUCGCAUAACCUGGAAAAGAGACGCUGUGAAUUGUGAAGCUAAAAUCAAAAUAACGUGGUUAGCGGCAUCGAAUAUGGUUAUAAUUGAGAGG